GGGUUUCCCAGCGAGUCGGCAUUUAAAUACGAGCUGCGGGAGGAGGAGAGCGAAGGACCGGCUGCCGAAACACUUGGACCUCACCUCCUAAUCGUUCGUUGCCGUUUAUUUUCAAUUCCAAACGAUACAAAUCCACUUUUGAUCGCUAACGGUGGCGGUGGAAGGGAGGAAGGAAGGAAGGAAGGAAGGAAUAAUAACAACAACAAACGGCAGCUCAGUGCAUCAUUGAUGGGAUUCCUGUGCUCGCCCACGGCCCCAUAGCGGUAUUAUUGCGGAAGGACGCCGUUAUUUAUGACAGUCUUACAAUAUAUUGAGGCAAAAUCGGUCUUUUUGCCCUUUGGGGAACAUCAGGGGCUUAGAAGAAGCUGCAAGAACCCGGAUGAAGAGAAUGCAAUUAGAGCGUCGUGUGUAAUUGGCACAACACACAAAGCAUCUUUGACAGCUUGGAUCUCAAGACUCACCGGCCAGCAGACCACAAGCGAAGUGCAGCCGUCAUCAUGUUCAGCUGGCUGGGAGGCGACGACCGCAGGAAGAAGGAGCCCGAGGUCUUCCAGACGGUCAGCGACGGUCUGAAGAAGCUCUACAAGACCAAGCUGCUGCCGCUGGAGGAGAACUACAAGUUCCACGAGUUCCACUCGCCGGCGCUGGAGGAUGCCGACUUUGACAACAAGCCCAUGGUGCUGCUGGUGGGCCAGUACUCCACGGGCAAGACCAGCUUCAUACGCUACCUGUUGGAGCAAGAUUUCCCCGGCAUGCGCAUCGGGCCCGAGCCCACCACGGAUUCCUUCAUCGCGGUGAUGCACGGCGACACGGAGGGCGUGAUCCCCGGCAACGCCCUGGUGGUGGACCCCAAGAAGCCCUUCAGGAAGCUGAACGCCUUCGGGAACGCCUUCCUCAACAGGUUCGUGUGCGCUCAGCUGACGAACCCGGUGUUAGAGAGCAUCAGCGUGAUUGACACCCCAGGGAUCCUUUCUGGAGAGAAACAGAGAAUCAGCCGAGGCUACGACUUUGCGGCCGUCUUGGAGUGGUUUGCCGAGCGCGUGGACCGGAUCAUCCUGCUCUUCGACGCUCACAAACUGGACAUUUCUGACGAGUUUUCUGAGGUGAUAAAGGCGCUGAAGAACCACGAGGACAAGAUAAGGGUGGUGUUGAACAAGGCUGACCAGAUCGAGACUCAGCAGCUGAUGCGAGUGUACGGCGCGCUCAUGUGGUCACUGGGCAAAAUAGUCAACACACCCGAGGUGAUUCGCGUGUACAUCGGCUCCUUUUGGUCGCACCCUCUGCUGAUCCCCGACAACAGGAAGCUGUUCGAGGCCGAGGAGCAGGAUUUGUUCAAGGAUAUCCAGUCGUUGCCGCGGAACGCCGCGCUGAGGAAACUCAACGACCUGAUCAAGCGGGCCAGGUUGGCCAAGGUCCACGCAUACAUCAUCAGCUCCCUGAAGAAGGAGAUGCCGGCGGUGUUUGGCAGGGACAACAAGAAGAAGGAGCUUAUCACCAGCUUGGGAGACAUCUACAAGCGCAUCGAGAGGGAGCAUCAGAUAUCGCCUGGAGAUUUUCCAAAUCUGAAGCGGAUGCAGGACCAACUCCAAGCUCAGGACCUCACCAAGUUCCAGCCACUCAAGUCCAAGCUCCUGGAGGCGGUGGACGACAUGCUGGCCCACGACAUCGCCGGCCUGAUGGUGCUGGUGCGCCAGGAGGAGACGAAGCGCCCCAAUCCCGUGGUCAAGGGCGGCGCCUUCGACGGCACGCUCGACGGCCCCUUCGGCCACGGCUACGGCGAGGGCGCCGGCGAGGGCAUCGACGAGGCCGAGUGGGUGGUGGCGCGCGACAAGCCGGCCUACGACGAGAUCUUCUACACGCUGUCGCCCGUCAACGGCAAGGUGACGGGCGCCAACGCCAAGCGGGAGAUGGUUAAGUCCAAGCUGCCCAACACUGUGCUGGGCAAGAUCUGGAAGCUGGCCGACAUCGACAAGGACGGCAUGUUGGACGACGACGAGUUCGCGCUGGCCAACCACCUCAUUAAAGUCAAGCUGGAGGGACACGAGCUGCCCACCGAGCUGCCGGCGCAUCUGCUGCCUCCCUCCAAGAGGAAAAUACCAGAGUAAACGCGCCUGAUGUGGCUCAUCCCAAACGCCUCAACAUUCUAAAACUUCAUAAUCCUGUCAGCGAUUCAAUUGAUUGAUCAUGUCUUGAAGGCAACGGAGGCAAACCUGAAGUCAGCUAUCGCAAACAAGUCGAAUUUAUGGCACAGCUGCUCGGAUAAUAGCAUACAGUGAACCCCGUGUGUUCCAGAUCCAUCUGCGAUAGGUACAAAUAUGCAAUAUAGACCAUAUAAUGAAACUGUUUUAAAUAGUUUUACCCCUCCCACACACUUGAAACACAUUUAAACUUGUUAAAACACACUGUUAAAGGUAUUCCUUAGCACCUAUUUUAAUACUCGCUGUAAAAAACAAACAAAAAAGACUAUCACAUAUCUUUUUGAGGAAAUGAAAAGACGACUCUGGCUGUCCCAUAAAACAAAAGACAAAUAUUGUAUAACUUAGUCCGCUAAAUGCUUAAUGCUAACAUAUAAUGCGAAACGCCAUAUAUGGGUUAACGGAAUUAGCACAGAUGUUAGAGGAAUUAUAACCCUUCAAACAACUACUACUUUAACAGCCACAGAGCAGCAACGCAUACUACUCACAGGCAUAUAUUUUCUUCUAUCGGUGAUGUAUUCAUUCAUUUAUGAUUUAGCUCUCUGCUUCUUCUUCUUCUUGGUAAUUCUGCUGCCGUUCUUCCAGUAGACCUCAGUGCUGCCUGGCAUGUUGUAGCACAACGUGGUACAACUCGAAAUUUGGACAUGCCUGCACACUUAAAAAAAACAACAACAACUCUGUGACAGGUGCAAACGAUGAACCGGGGGUUCACUGUAUAAUCAAUAAAACAAAACAACAACAACUAAAGAUAUUUAGUUGACUGUCCUUCCCGCAUUUCAUUGCAGUUCAGGAUGCUAAAUCCAGAUUGUGCUUGUGUGUGUGUAGGUGGAUUAGUUUUACAGGCGCGAUAGAAGCGGGAUAAGUGUGUCUGAGUAUGGUUUGGAUUGUGCUGUGUCGGCUGAGUAUAAUUAGCGGCGUGAACUAGCUAAACAGCGUGACAUCAGAAAUUCAGAAUUUCCCAAUUCUCAUCCCGAGUUUCCACCGACUUUGGUUUGGAAUGGUUAAUCCCGAUCAAACUUGUUUCCGGUGCGGCGUCAGCCACGUCAAUCGCGUGUCAUCAUGGCAGUUGGUGUUCUUUCCACCAAUCAACAGAUGGCAGCGUUUCUAGCCCCGCCCUUUACGUAACUACCAAAGGGUACCGAAACGUGGCUUGGCAGAUAACCUUCAGUAAUUAUGACUCCCGUAUUAUUGAAUCUAAUAAUUAAAAUAAAGAAGUACGAUACUGAUGUAGCUGAACUGUUUGAAGAGAUUUAUUUUUUGUUAGCCAAUUGUAGCCUGAUUUAGACCUAAUUUGAAAGAUCCUGUAAAGUGAAAAUAAAUACUUCUUAAUUCACACACGGCAGUUUUGUUAGCAUCCCUGCCAAAUUUGAAUAAUUAAAAAAAAAUAAUAAUAAUCUAAAUAAAAAAAAUCAAGUAUAUUAAAUGAGGCUUCAAAAUUAUGCAAAAUCAAGCAAAGGUUUCCGCUCUCAAAACGCUGUGAUCGCUGAAUGGACUGAAACCACACCCAGCUCAACUGUUAAUCAAAUAGCACUACGCCAUCUGAGAAAAAUGGAUGCUACUUUGUCUGCUGGAAUCUAUCCCACCAGGUCAUCGUGGGGCUUUUCCAUGCAAUGACAACGAGGCGCUCUAAAGCGGCACGCCAGCGCAAGGCCGCUGGCUGUCACGUUGGACCUUUUAUUUUUUUCACCUCAUCUCUGCGCUUUUCUUUGCAUGAUGUGCGCACACUCAUGGCCAACAACGAGACACUCUAUAAAGUGGCCACACCACCGGACUAUCCAAAGGGAAGAUGUAUUUUCAGGGUGCAUGCAUAGCUAGCUAGCUAAAUGCACCUGAUAACCGCUGAUGCUAAUGAAAGGUGCUCAAGCUACACAAUUCUCUCUUUCAUGUUCUCAGCAGUUCGCUACAAACGUGGAUUAUGUAUUUAGAAACAAGUCUCUGAAUUCACUUUACAGGGUCUUUAAAAGCAAGAAACACUGGAUGUGAACCACUGGGACACAACGGGAAUGACUCAACAAUGUGAACAAUGUCGGACAUUUUGAUGCAGGGGACAAAUAGAUAAAAAUGUAGUUUAACUUGUUAAAAACUAUAACGUGUGUGUGGAUUAUUUUUGGAGUGUUCUGGCCUUUGUUCUUUUUUCCUGGUUGCUCAUUUGGGAAAAGAGUCAGAUGGGUUGCUCAAAAUAAAUAAAUAAAUAAAACACAGACUAGACUGAAAUACAAAAAAAAAAAAAAAAAAAAAACCUCAGUGUUCACAAUGAGGAUUGCAGGGAAAUGAUGUUGUUUUAAAUGUUCUGAUAUUUUUACUGUGACUUCUAAUUAUGUGUGCUGCUGGCGUGUGAUAUUAUUGUAUGAAACCAUUAUGUAUUAUGCUAACUCUCUAACGUUCCUCAGCGGCAACACACUUUAUUUUUAUGAGACUCAUUUACACUAAUUGACAUUACACAGUUAGGAUAGCUGCGUCCCAUUAUCAUCCAUGUUACAUUACUGUUGCAAUAUGCCAGUAUACCCUUCUUCACUCCUCUUCUGUUGACUUCUAAAGUAUUGAAAAUGUCGAUAUUUAGUGAAAAAUGUUCAUGCAACACAAGAACAGUACAUGCGUGUCUUCGAUAAUGUGAAUGUAAUUGAUGUCCUUCGAGAAAAGGUUUCCAUCAGCACAAUAAAUUGCAUCAUGAACACCA